GCAGCCGGGGCUGCUCGGGGCGGGGGGAGCCCGGCAGCUCCUCCGCCGCUGCCGCCUGUGCCUCGGCAGCAGAGCCGGGAGCGGCCAUGGCGGGGGGCGAGCUCAGCAUCCUCCGCUGGCUGCGGGAGAGCCGGCAGUCCAGGAAAAUCAUCCUGCUCAUCGUCUUCAUCGCCCUGCUCCUGGACAACAUGCUGCUGACCGUAGUCGUGCCAAUAAUUCCCAGUUACCUUUACAGCAUCAAACAUGAGAAAAAUGCUACAGAAAUCCAGACUACUAAGCCUAACGUAGUCUUAGCAACGAUGGACAAUUUUCAGAGCAUCUUCUCCUACUACGACAACUCAACGAUGCUUACUGGAAAUGAAUCUGAUAAGACUCAGCCCAGAGAGCUGCAUCAUACCCAGACAGAACAAAUGAUAGCUAAUGUGACUCCUUCCCCGGCUGAUUGCCCCAAGGAAGAUAAGGACCUGCUGAAUGAAAAUGUUCAAGUUGGUCUUUUGUUUGCGUCCAAAGCCACAGUGCAGCUAAUCACUAACCCUUUCAUAGGGCCGCUGACAAACAGAAUAGGCUACCAGAUCCCCCUGUUUGCUGGCUUCUGCAUCAUGUUUGUGUCAACGAUCAUGUUUGCCUUCUCUGGAAGCUACACAUUACUGUUUAUUGCCAGGUCCCUUCAAGGAGUGGGCUCCUCUUGCUCUUCAGUAGCAGGGAUGGGCAUGCUCGCCAGUUUGUACACGGAUGAUGAAGAGAGAGGCAACGCAAUGGGGAUUGCACUGGGAGGCCUUGCUAUGGGAGUAUUAGUGGGUCCGCCUUUCGGGAGUGUCAUGUAUGAGUUUGUGGGGAAGAGUUCUCCUUUCCUUGUGCUGGCGGCACUCGCUCUGUUGGAUGGAGCUGUCCAAUUAUUUGUGCUGCAGCCAUCCAGAGCACAAGCAGAAAGUCAGAAGGGGACACCAUUACUGACCCUUUUGAAGGACCCGUAUAUCAUUAUUGCAGCAGGGUCGAUCUGCUUCGCAAACAUGGCUGUUGCAAUGCUUGAACCAGCUUUACCCAUCUGGAUGAUGGAGACUAUGUGUUCAAAAAAGUGGCAGCUUGGCAUUGCUUUUCUUCCAGCCAGUAUCUCUUAUCUUAUCGGGACUAAUCUUUUUGGGAUACUUGCGCACAAAAUGGGCAGGUGGCUUUGUGCUUUACUUGGGAUGCUAAUCGUGGGAAUAAGUAUUUUAUGCGUGCCAUUUGCCAAAAACAUCUACGGCCUCAUAGCACCAAAUUUUGGAGUUGGGCUUGCCAUUGGAAUGGUGGACUCCUCCAUGAUGCCAAUUAUGGGUUACCUCGUAGAUCUGCGUCAUGUGUCGGUCUACGGCAGCGUCUAUGCAAUAGCUGAUGUUGCCCUUUGCAUGGGCUUUGCUGUAGGUCCCUCUGCUGGUGGUGCCAUCGCAAAGGCCAUUGGAUUUCCGUGGCUCAUGACAAUUAUAGGGAUCGUGGAUAUCCUCUUCGCUCCUCUAUGUUUUUUCCUUCGAAGCCCACCUGCCAAAGAGGAGAAAAUGGCAAUACUCAUGGAUCACAACUGCCCCGUGAAAACAAAGAUGUAUACUCAGAACAACAUCCAGUCCUACCCCAUAUGCGAUGAAGAAGAAUAUGAAAGUGAUUAAAAUGAACAUGAAAAGCCAUAUAAUGUAUUUUUGGUGUACAAAAUGCAGUGUUUCAUGUGAAACAUCUCAUCCAGAAAUAGGUUCUAGUUGUACUGUACAUUUAAUAGUGAAAUGGUCGAGCAAACCAAAGGUAUAUUAUCCAUCGCAGACUGCCAACCGCCUUAUUGGGAGGGAAAAGCUUUUAUAGAGGAUUUGUAUAGUGUUAAUCUUUAUUUUCUGUAUUUAAUUUUAUUGAAUAUCACACUAUAUUUUGAUUAAAUGUGUAGUAUAAAGCUGUAUAAAUGUGAAUUUUCACUAUUUGUUUUUUAAAUCAGACUCAUGAACAAAAUAUUCCAUGUUUUGUUUGGAGUCAUAAGUAGCUGCCGAGAGCUCGGGUCCCUCUUAGCUAAUUGGAAGGAAAAAGAAAAGGAAAACUCAAGGAAAAUCUAUUACUUUGCAUCCUUUUAAAUGGUACCCUCGUAAGUACAUCGACAGGCCCUGAAGGCUGCGUUUCAGACCACAGACGUCACUCUGAGUGUUUUGGUCGACUUUAGAAUAAAACAAAAGGCACAACUUUGCCAUAUAUGAGACAUGAGCUGUUCCUGAACCGCUCAUGGAAUGUUGGGGGAAACUAUUUUCAACAGAUGAGCAUAUUGCUAUUAGUCAGGACUGUUUAACUAAGUUUUAAUUAACCAGUUGUGCACUAUGAAGCCUCCAAAACACCAGGUAAACAAGUAGGUAUGAGUGGGCACUAAUUUCUUACCCUUAAGGGAAUAAGAACAGCAUAAGGUAACUUUUUCUGUCUUUUGAAUCUUCUCUUUUUAACAUAUCUCAACUUUAUUUUAGGUGCAUCUUGAGUGACCGGUUAAGAAAUCUGUAUUUAGUCUUAGCUUGUACUGAAAAGAAGGUGAUAAGUAGUUCAAACAAAAAACUAUUUUACACGUAUUUGUAAACACAUCCAGAAAUUGAAUAUGGAAUCAUAGAAAGGUUUUGAUUGGAAGGUAACUUACAGAUCAUCCAGUUCCACCCCCUGCCUGGGCAGGGACACUUUCUUCUCCAUGCCCUUCUCAGACGUGGUGUAGCUCUUCGUUUGUACAAUUCAAAUCUUUAUGUGCCUUCUUUCCUGUAACUGCAGCUGGUUUAUGUACCACAGCAUAGAGACGAUGUUUACAUAGAGUUUUGUAAAGUGUAUAUACUAUGGUCAGAAAAAUACGAUACAUAGAGUGGAUCAGAUUUCCAGUAUUGCUUUGUCAAUAACAAUGCAUUCAGACCCCAUUAAAAUAAAGUUAUCUGAGAGGAACUCAUCAUCUAUUGUAAUGAAGUUAAAAUAAUAGUAAUAAAAAAAAGAAUCCUCCUCGUGCUAUUGUU